AUGGACACUACGUCAACGGAUAAAAUUCCCCUGAUCAGCAUGGUUGCACCAAAACGCCCCUGCUCAAACGAACCCAGAGAUGAUUACCUGCAGACGAAGGUCUCACGGAUCUUGCCACACUUGUAUCUCGGCAAUUAUCAGGAUGCCGCAAAUCUGUCACUUCUCAAGAGACUCGGUGUUACGCACAUUCUUAAUGUGACCCGUGAUUUGCCAAUGGCGUUCGAGGAGACUAAUUCUUUUCACUACCUUCGGUUGCCAGCCCUGGAUUCUACCGAGCAGAAUAUUUAUCCCUUUUUCGAGAAGGCCAUCGAGUUCAUUGAUGGCGCCAAGGAGACCCGCGGCGUGGUGCUGGUUCACUGUCUAGCGGGAAUUUCGCGUUCAGCCUCAAUCGUAAUGGCCUACAUGCUGUACCACACUCCACUUACCGUCCUGGAGGCAUACAAGCUCUUACAAUCAUUACGACCCAUUGCGGAUCCGAACUUAGCCUUCCUGGGUCAACUGGACAGCUUCCGGAGACUUAUUAAUCCAGAUAACAGCAAUAAAUCCGUGACGGAAGCCCUCAUGAAUAUGUGGAAACGGUUGUCUGUAGAGGAAGAGAACAGUUCGCCCACUAUCGUUCCUGCAGAAUUUCCCCCGAAGAGGCAUUUAUGGGCCUGUCGCCAGCAAUGCGAGCCCUUCUCACUGGCCGACCAGUGUCCAGUCCGCUGGACUGACAAACCAGGCUGCAGCCCGUGA